AUGCGCUGUGACGUCACGCGGGGGGACCGCGCCCGCGCCCAACAUCCCCCCGGCGGCGGCGGCGGCGCCCCCCGCCCCAGCGCGCGCCCGGCCCCCGAAGCCUCGCGAGAGCGGCCGCGGGCCGGGGGCGGCGGGCAGGGGAGGGCGAUGGCGGGCCGGUCCGCGCCGCCGGACUACAACUCCCGUGGUGCACCGCGCCGGGCGGGCGGGGCGGCUCCCCGGGGACGCGGCGCUGGGGGCGCCGCCGGGGCGGGGGUGGUGGCGGACAAGAACAAGUGGAUCACCACAAGGUGACAUAGCUGUGCUUUUUUAAAUACUUCAUCAGCCUGUAUUAACAGAAUUAUGCAUCAAAUUCAAGAGUUAGAAUUAAAGGAGGAAAAAUGCUUUCAACAGGUACAUUUAUGGAUAACAAAACAGUUCAGUGCUGACUCUGUUGAAGAUAUCUGGUCAUCAUUAUCCACUAAGCUGGAUUUUAAAGAAGCUGAUAUGGCAAAGAUGUUAACUUUGAAGCAGGAAACAGAAGCUUUGCUAUUGGAAGUUACUGAGCUAAUUAAGCAGCUGGAGGCUGAUCUUGAGGAGGGAGAAAAAGCUUUGGAGUUGACGAAAUAGUGAAGGAAAAAGCUCGGCAUGAAAAUUGAUUGUAUGUCACUUUGGAGGCUUCAGCAACUCCUCGCAGAUGUGCAAAAAGUUUUUGUGCUAAUUACCUUUUUAAUGGAAUAUGAAAUGCGUGUUCAAGAUAUCUUGGAGCUACGAUGGCAUUUUCAUAGUAAAAGCUGUCAGCUGCCACAGGUACAAAACCAAAUACAAGAAACAGCCAACUGAGAGAUUCGGGAGGAUAUAGACUCCAUGAAGAAACACAGCCCUCUGCUGGAAGAAAAGCUGAAUCUAGAGGGCGAAACUGUGAAGGAUAUGUUACUGGUGUAUGAAAAGGCAUCAAAAAUAUGCGGUGAUGUUCAUUGGAAACUUAUGGAAAUACAAAAGGCAAUGAAAAGAAUUGACCCUUGGAUUAUCAAGCGGAGCAAUAGUAACAAUAGCACACUGGACUACCUUGGAAUAUUUCCAAAUAGAUGGAUUCACUUUGUGUGUAUUUCUAUUAGGAACGAGUUAAAGCAUUCUGAAUUUAUUUGGACUGAAUACUGUAUGAAGUUAAAAGAAACAGAGGUGAAGAUUAUAAAGGAUGAAAAACACCUUGAGGAGUUAGUGAAGCAAAAAGCAGAAAUCCAGGAAGAUGCAAAAUGUUGGAACAGCAAAAUAGAAUAUGUGGAUAAUAAAAUAGGAGACCAAGGAGAUGAGAGUGUAAAAAUAUCGGAUGCUAUUUCUGAAAUUACAAAAACUGUGGAAGAAUUAAAAUCCACCAAGGAAAGGGAUCUACUGAAUAUAAAACAAAAGAUUCUGAAUAAUAAUGAAGCACUGGAGAGUUUGAAAUGUAAACGUUAAGAACUUGAGGGAGAAAUUGAAGAGUUUUUGAAAAAAAUCAGAAAUAGAACAAUAGCUUUUGAAUAUGAACACAUCUAUUUAUGCAUAAAUUCUCCAGAAGAUCUCCUAUGUGGAUCAGAUAAGCUAGAUAAAGAGCAGAAGCAAACUGAACAACAAGUUAAAAAAAAAAAAAGAGUUGUUAAAAACUAUCACACUAUGGAAAACCCAAAAAAUGAAUUUGGAUAAUUAAAUGAGUUCUGGAACAUGAAGCAAAUACAAAUAGAAAAUACAGAAAAAACCACUGAUUACUUCAUUGAUUUUUUUUUCUUUCUAAUAAAAAUUUUAAGUGGUGUGAUGUUUAAGCAACAAAAUGUUCAGAUGGCAUUUAAUAAUCUCCAAGAAGUAGCAGUAUAUGAGAAAAGGUUAAAGCAGUAAGAAAAAACAUAUGGAGAAUUUCUGCCCAAGGGUAGAAAGAAAUAAAAAAAAGAUUCCAGAGCUUCUCUGGAUCAAAUCAUUAAAGAAAAUCUGUGGUUAGUUCAGGAAUAUAAAAUCUUUCAUGAAUACUACUUAAACAGUAAAAAUCUCACAGAACUCUACAAUAGUAUCAGUUUGGAAGCUGCUGCUAGAGACCAUCAGCUGCUGCAGGCGCUACAGAGGCGGUGGAGCAGGGACUCACUGGCGGCGUGGUGGAGCCGGAGCGGCCUCUCCAGCCACGCUGGGCUGGCGAGGAUCCAGGCAGCCUCUCAGGAGAACGCUCAGAAAAUAUUAGCUGUGCAGGGGGAGUUGUCAAAAGCAAUCCAGCACAUCACCGCUUUCUUGCACUCUUUGACAGAUGGCUUGCGGACUACAGACAACAAUGCAAACAACCAGUGUAUCUUGGAUGCUGAAAUAAAAGACAAGAAAAGUCACACAGUUCAGAUAACAGUGUAA